AAGGAAGUAUGCCGCAGAACGAUGCUGAUAUAAAGCAUCACGACGCAACCAAUCUUGCAUUCUUUGCACAACGACAUCGAAGCAGUCAUGACGCGACUUUUCAAGACUUUGGGUAUCGUCUUGCUGAGUACUUUGGCUGAGGCGAUCACUUACGGAAGUAAUGUGACAUCUUUUGGAUGCGAGAGAGCAUGCUCUACCCUUCGUUCAGCUUUCGGCGACGCCUACCUGCACUAUCCCGAAAAUGAUAACUUCACCAUCUGGGAUGCGAAACAACAAGAGGUGAUCCCGGCGUGUCGAGUUGAGCCUUUCAAUGCCUCCGAGGUCGCUCGUAUCAUCAACAUCCUUGAGAAGAACUGGUGCAGAUUUGCUGUCAAGGGUGGCGGCCACUCUCGAAGUGCAGAUGACUCAAACUCUGUUGGCGGUGUGACAAUCGACCUUGAUCGCUUGAGUACCGUCGAGGUGAUCGCGAAUGCCACUCGUGCCCGAGUUGGUGGUGGUGCAAACUCUGUGCAGGUCUAUACUGCUCUUGAGCCAUACAAUCGUUCUUUCGUCGGAGGUCGUGUCGGUACGGUAGGAGUCGGUGGCCAUGCUCUUGGUGGUGGUUCCUCGCCAUUCGCAAACAGACACGGCUGGGCGCUGGACAAUAUCCAUGAGUAUGAGGUCGUUCUUGCCAAUGGCACCAUCGUAACAGCGAGCGAGACCUCCGAUACAGACCUCUACUGGGCUUUGCGUGGAGGUGGCAACAACUUCGGAAUUGUGACCACCUUCACCAUCAACAUCUUCCCUCAAGGACCCAUCUACCAAGCACAGUUCUCAUACGCCCCGAACUACACAAACGAGGUCCUUGAUGAAGCUUACGAGCUUUGGGCCAAUCCUGAUGUCUACAGUGAUGUGGACAUGAGUCUUGAUCUGUACUAUACUUACAACAGAACUAGCGAUCAGUUCUCCUUCAGCGGCACACAAAGAUAUCUUCAGCCUAUCAUGAACGCUUCCAUCUUCAGUGGCCUCAGCAGUGUUCCACACGUCUCAAGACGUGUGACGGUCGACUCGGUUGCCAAUCUUGCUUCGAGCCCGCCGCUUGGUGUGACUCGCAAUCUGUUUGGUACUCUGACCAUGUCGCCGUCGCAACUAGUCCAUAGUAAAGCACUUGACAUCUUCCGCGAGGAGGUCAGAGCCAUCAAUACAGUAGCUGGCCUGACUCCCAACUUCAUCUGCUACCCAAUCCACGCAAACACCAUCGCAGCCAUGUCUCGCCGGGGAGGCAACGCUUUGGGUAUCAAAAACACAGGCGAACCCCUGAUCAUCUGUUUCGUCUCCACAUCUUGGACAGAAGCACAAGGCGACUCCGCGGUCUGGGAUAUGACACGUAAUACCGUGAACCGAGUCAAGUCACUUGCUCGCGAGUACAAUGUAUCCAGCGACUUUACGUACAUGAACUACGCCUGGACUGGCCAAGCAGACGAAGUCUUCGCCGGGUAUGGAGAAAGCAACGCGGAGAGGCUGCGGGAAAUUCAGAAGGCGGUUGAUCCGCGGGGUAUUUUCACUCUUCGAGGUCUUUGGAGAGGUUUCAUGAAGCUCCAAUAGUGUGCGAACAAAGGUCCACCGUCGCAUGAGUUCUGGCAGGGCGAAGUUACCAUGGCUCCAAGGUUUGAGGCGAUGAGGAAGGCGCGAAACUGGCAAGCUGGAG